GGGCGGGGGCAGGUUCCAGGCUCUGCCCCCUCGGCGUUCCAACUGCGGCACGCGCUGCACAGGAAGUAAACAACAACAGCAGGCGUGAUUUCUAAACUCUGACUACACGCCAAGCACCGUGACGGGACGUGAUCUCAUUCUCCCCUGCGGGACGAAUAAGGUGCUUCGAGGUCCCUCCCGAAGAUCCCCCAGUGCAGAGGGGCUAAAGGGCGAGUGAGAAAACCACACGCGGACGCGUGGACCCAACGCCCUGGAAGCGAGGCGGGAAGGGGACAAGACUCUCUGCUCGCCCCGCACACGCUAGCGGAUGAAUUGAGAGCGAGAACGCAGCGAGAUGUAGCGGAAGACCCGGACUAGGUGCUCCUUAGGCUCGGCUUUAAAGUGGGCCUUGGCGGCCGCGAGGCCAUCACCGCAAAUUCAUGAGGCUGGAAUUACCGGCUCAGGAGAACCACCUGGGGAGCUUGUUAAGAACAAAACCUUCUCCCAGGGUGAAGACACCGGGACGGGGCUGGCCCAACCAAGUGUUGCUAAUCAGAUAAGUUUGGAAAUCUUUGCGGAUUCAGACGACUUCCAAGGGUCCUUCCAGGAUUAUGCUCUUCGUGAGAAACGAUCACAUUAAAUAAUUCAUUUUUAAUCAGUAAAACCCAGAGUGCGUUUUCCUGGCCUAUUCCUUAGCCCACCGAAGGUCCCUAGAAUAAUUUUCUCACAAAAGUCACGUAAGCCGAGGGUCAUCGAGGUUCCCCCACCCCUGCCCCCACCCCGACAGGACUUCUGAAAACCUGGGGGGCGCGCGUCGCCCCGCCCCUCACCGACUCCCCGCCCCGCGACUACAAGUCCCAUCCCGCCCCGCGCUCGCGCACAGGACGCCAGAGCAAGAUGGCCGACACGGCGGCCGCAGCCGGGGCCGGCAGCUCCGGAACGAGAUCAGGAAGUAAACAGUCCACUAACCCUGCGGAUAACUAUCAUCUGGCCCGGAGGAGAACCCUACAAGUGGUUGUGAGCUCCUUGCUCACAGAGGCAGGGUUUGAGAGUGCUGAAAAAGCAUCUGUGGAAACAUUAACAGAGAUGCUGCAAAGCUACAUUUCAGAAAUUGGGAGGAGUGCCAAGUCUUACUGUGAGCACACAGCCAGGACCCAGCCUACGCUGUCAGAUAUUGUGGUCACUCUGGUUGAGAUGGGUUUCAAUGUGGACACUCUCCCUGCUUAUGCAAAACGGUCUCAGAGGAUGGUCAUCACUGCCCCUCCAGUGACCAAUCAGCCAGUGACCCCCAAGGCUCUCACUGCAGGGCAAAACCGACCCCACCCGCCACACAUCCCCAGCCAUUUUCCUGAGUUCCCUGAUCCCCACACCUACAUCAAAACUCCGACCUACCGUAAGCCCGUGUCAGAUUAGGUCCUGCGGGAGAAGGCUGUCCAGAGGCGCGACGUGGAGCGGGCACUCACCCGUUUCAUGGCCAAGACAGGCGAGACCCAGAGUCUCUUCAAAGAUGACGUCAGCACGUUCCCAUUGAUCGCUGCCAGACCUUUCACCAUCCCCUACCUGACAGCUCUUCUUCCAUCUGAGCUGGAGAUGCAACAAAUGGAGGAGACGGACUCCUCGGAGCAGGAUGAGCAGACAGACACAGAGAACCUCGCUCUCCAUAUCAGCACGGAUGAUUCUGGAGCUGAGAAGGAGAACACUUCUGUCCUGCAGCAGAACCCCUCCUUGUCAGGCAGCCGGAAUGGGGAGGAGAAUAUCAUCGAUAACCCCUACCUGCGACCCGUGAAGAAACCCAAGAUCCGCAGAAAGAAGUCCCUCUCGUGAGCGGAGGAAGAAGCCUGGCUUGGACAGAGGUGUGGAUUCCACCCUCUGAGCGAGUGAAGCCUCUGGAGGAGGAGAGGGAGUGGCCUCCUGGGGCCAGACUGCAGCAGCAGGAUGUGAUGGGGCAUGAUUUUAGUAGCGGACCUACUCCAAGGUUAUCUCUCUUCACCGGAUGUUUGGUUGAGGACAAGACGAUGAUAAUAACGAGACUUUCUUAAUCCACUGGGGCAUACUGAUGCCUGCUAGGGUGCGGCAGCAGCUGGUCACUUCAUUUAUCAUCACAGGAUUUGAUUCCUUUGCAACCUGGAAGAACAGGGAAGGUGGCAGGAAAAGUUCUUUGCUGCUUUGCUUACUGCCAGGAAGGCUCCUUGCCCAGUGCGAAUUUCAGGAUAUCUGGGUCCCUUUUUUUAACUCAUGAACAAUUAUGGCACCGAUUUUUCAACCCAGAACCUCAUUCUUAGUUCCCUCCUCACUUGGGUUGCACAUGCUCUGUGAGCUGAUGGAAAAUGACUUUGAACUCUCCUCCCCAUAAUGAUGGAAGCAGAAGGACCACACAUCACAGCUUUGACGUGGGGCUGGCAGAAGUCAGGCACUGUGGGCAGAUGUGUUAAUGUGCACGACAGCGACACAUCAGGGCAGUGCUGAUUCUCUGGCCAGCAUUUGAGAGAGCUCCCUAAAACCGGGCCAGCCUGAGAGAUAUGCUGUUUAUCGUCCCUCAGUGGAAUGUGUGCUUGGAAAACUGCCAAAACCUAUCCCCUCCUGGGAUAAAGGUUUUCCCAUCAAGAGCCUGGAGUGUUGAAUAUGUUGUGCUGUGACUUAAUCAAGGAACCAUAGGGUCUAAACAAUAGGAAAAGGAUAUAAUGGGCCAGGGUGGAAUUUCGAGCCUGGCUUGAUCUUGUAUUCCAAAGCUGAGUGAGGUGGCUGAGACAGGGAGACUGGCAUGACCUAAGGGUGCUGAAUCUGUUCACCCUCCGCCCCUGGGAGAGAGGACUUCUCCUUGAUGUAUCCUACAAAGCAGAAAAUACGUUUUUAAGGAAGAUGCCAGGCAAGUUGAUAUCCUUUGGCUGGUCUUAUAAGGAGAGAUUUUUUUUUUUUUUUUUUUUUUUGUGGUGCUGAGGAUUGAACCCAGGGCCUUGUGCUUGACAGGCAAGCACUCUAUGAACGGAGCUAUAUCCCCAGCCCAGGAAAGAGAUUUUUAAACCAAGUUUUCAAGGAAGAAAAAUGCCAGGGAUGCCUGAAAGUUAACACAAUAUGGGCACAAUGCUCACUGAGUUAGUUUUGAGGUCCAUAUUUAACUUUACUUCCAUGGCCACUCGGCUUCCACAAUCCUUUUUUCUUUCUUUCUUUUUUUUUUUUUUUUUUAAUUCUUUUCAUAGUCUGGGAUGGAACCUAGGCCUGGAGUACACUAGGCAAGCGUUCUUAAUCUGUAUUCCUUUGGUGAAUUUGGAAACUUGAGUCACUUGACAGUUUGGUGGAGACUCUGUGUUCCUCUAGGCUCAAUGUUCUCUAGAGCCUGUCCCUUUGCCUGGAAGGAGAAAGACACUUUGGCAGGAGCUGACGAAGAGAUGAUAGCAAAGAGAGUCCUCAACUCUGGACCAGAUAGGAAUUCGUCAGGUUUUUAGUGACCUGAAACUGUUUGAGUUGAAAGCAGUUAGGCUGAGCUUCCGUGCAGACCCCGCUCCCCUGUCCAGAGUCUGUGAUGGCCCUUGGCAAUUGGCCUAGUGAGCGAAAUACAAUCCCAAGGUCGGGCUGUGACAUCCCAGCGUGCUUUUCGCCCUGCCUUCUGGAGCAGUUCGCCCUAGUCAGCAUUUCUUACUAUCCACACAAACCACCUGCUAAACGCCAUUGUGCUAAGGUAGGCGGGGAGGGGAGCGGGUGUUAGAAAAGGGGGUCGCAUCUGCCCUUGGGAGGUUCAGAGGCUGGGAAGGGAGCAACUUAAAUGCAACCCGCUUGCUGUCGCUGUGUAGAAACUGCAUAAUCCUCGAUGUGUAUUUAUAGAUUUCUAUUUUUUAUGACUGGGGACUCCUGGAGGGAGAAUGUAGUAAACAGAGAUAAAUUAAGAGUGUGACUUAUGAAUGACCCAUAAUAAAAAUUCAUAAUAAAGGUUUGUAAAUAAACAGAA